CAACUCUGCCAGUCCAAGCGCGCAGGCAGCAACAGGGAGAGAAAAAGAGUCAAGAAAGCACCAGGAACAAAGUUGUGGGACCUGCACCGCGGUGUUCACCCGUCAAAUGUAAUUACCAUCUUUCCGCUUUCGGAAUACAACCACCGGGAGGAGGAGGAGCACAUCGUGGACGCUUCUUUAAGUUUUAACAUUAGUUAAAGACUUGUGCCUCACACUUCGUGAAAAAAUGGCUUAAACUUGUUAAUUUAAACACUUAAAUCAAACCUUUAGAAGCAACACGUCUCCUGACCCCGGCUGGUUGACAGCAGAGGCGCAGAACCAGAGCUGUUGCACUGUGCUUCAAGACGCCUGGAAGUACAUCACCUAAUUUCAUCCAUUCUAGCGUUGGAUUAAUCAUCUGCGAUGGCACUACAAGGCGAUAUUGCAGAGGGAGGAGCCAAAGAAGAGUUUAAUGAGAUCAUCAAGUGGAGAUCUGAUGAGCAUGACGCAGUACAGAAGAAAACCUUCACCAAAUGGAUAAAUUCACAGUUCUCCAAGACAGGGAAAACGGCCAUCAAAGAUCUGUUUUCUGACCUGAGGGAUGGGAAGAAGCUGCUGGAGCUGCUGGAGAGUCUCACUAAUAAUGUCCUGACCAAAGAGCGAGGCUCCACCAGAGUUCACUCCCUGAACAACGUCAAUAAAGUCCUGCAGGUCCUGCAUCAAAACAACGUGGAUCUAGUAAACAUAGGAGGAACAGAUAUUGUAGAUGGGAACCACAAACUGACACUGGGCCUUAUUUGGAGUAUCAUCCUUCACUGGCAGGUGAAAGACAUCAUGAAGGACGUCAUGUCCAACCUGCAGCAGACCAACAGUGAGAAGAUCUUACUAAGCUGGGUCCGACAGUGCACACGCUCAUACCCUCAGGUCAACGUGUUGAAUUUUACCACAAGCUGGAAUGACGGACUGGCGCUCAAUGGCAUCCUCCACCACUUCAGGCCAGAUACGUGCGACUGGGAUCAGGUGCUCAGAAUGAGCCCMGUGGAGAGACUCGAACACGCCUUCGCUUCGGCCAAAACCCAGCUCGGCAUUGAGAGGCUCCUGGAUCCCGAAGACGUGGCGGUGCAGCUACCAGAUAAGAAGUCCAUCAUCAUGUAUGUGACCUCGCUGUUCGCCGUGCUGCCGAAAGACGUGAGCAUGGAGGCCAUCAGAGAGGUGGAGACCCUGCCUCGCAAGCACAAAGCGGAGGCCGAAAGCUCGGGUCCAGGUCGCAGCGUGCAGAAUGUGCAGCGUGAGGAGGUAAGCAGCAGCUCAAGACCCGAGACCCCCAGCACCCUGACGGAAACYGAAGGGGAGAUGGAGGAAGGCGUGCUGGACGUGGAUCUGGACAGCUAUCAAACCACACUGGAGGAAGUCUUGACUUGGCUGCUGUCAGCUGAGGACGCACUACAAAUGCAGGACGAGGUGUCGGACGAUGUGGAAGACGUUAAAGAGCAGUUCCACACUCAUGAAGCCUUCAUGAUGGAGCUGACGGCUCAUCAGAGCAGUGUGGGGAAUGUGCUGCAGGCAGGCAACCACCUGAUUGCCCAGGGGAACCUCACAAAAGAGGAAGAGGAUGAAAUUCGGGAGCAGAUGACACUCCUCAACUCCCGCUGGGAAUCCCUCAGAGUGGCCAGCAUGGACCGCCAGGCCAGGCUCCAUGAAGUUCUCAUGGACCUUCAGCAGCAGCAGCUACAGCAGCUUUCUGAUUGGCUGACACUGACGGAGGAGCGGAUCAAAAGGAUCGAAACAGAACCAGCAGCUAAAGACAUGGACGCCUACCAGGAACAGCUAGAACAGCACAAAGAACUCCAAAAUGACUUGGAGGCGGAGCAGGUGAAGGUGAACUCUCUGACUCACAUGGUGGUGGUGGUGGAUGAGAACGGUGGUGAGAGCACCACUGCUGCCCUGGAGGAACAACUACAGUCUCUGGGCGAACGCUGGGCAGCCGUGUGUCGCUGGACAGAAGAACGGUGGCAAAAGCUGCAGGAGGUUUUUCUGGUUUGGCAGCAGCUUUUAUCAGACCAGAGUUUGUUUAAAACAUGGCUGGCUGAAAAAGAGGAGGCCUUAAAUGAAGUUCAGACGAGCAACUUCAAGAACUCCAGUGAAUUUGAUUCAAACGUUCGAAGAUUAGCUAUUUUAAAGGAGGACAUGGAGAAGACGAGAGGGACUCUGGACAAACUGUCGGAUGCGGGACAGGACGUGAUGCAGCUGCUGCAAAGUUCGGAGGCGGGAGCUAAGAUCGAGGCCGACACAGAGGAGCUAACUCACAGGUGGAACAAUCUGGUUCAGAAGUUGGAGGACUGCUUAACUCAGGCUGCAACGAAUGCUGGGAUGGCUCAAGUAGACCGUACAGAUUCCUCGGUUGCUUCCAUCGUUGAACACGAGCUGGUCGAACCUGCUCCCUGUAAGAGACGAAUGGUGGAGGUGGAUGUCGAAACCAGAAGACUGUUUGAAAACAAGGUUUCUGACUUAUUCAGCUGGAUGAAAACAUGGAAGACAUCCGCUCAGACUCUGGCCUCCACACCCCCUGAAACUACACCUGACGCACCCGACCUGCAGGAGAAGCUGAAGAAUCUGGAGUUGGAACUUAAAGCAAAGGAAAGCCCAGUUAGCCAGGUGGUUCAGGAGGGGCGGAGCCUGAUGGACCAGCUUGAGCGAGAGGCAGUGAGCGUGGACUCCGUCAGGACUAAUAUAGACCUGAUUCAGACUGAGUGGGACGUCUGCACCCGGGAGCUUCAGGCCGCCCGCGAUCGGGUCCACAUCGAGACCCGGGUCAGAGCGGCUUCUGCGGAGCUCGCGGCUCUGAACCAGGCCUUGGAGAAGCAGGACCGGUGGCUGGACGCAGCGUCGUCUGUUGAAAAGUCCAGCGAUGCUGAGCUCAGAAAAGCGAGUGAAGGUUAUCAGUCGCAGCUCGCUCAGGUCGCGGCCCUGACUCCCCGACUCGAGCGGCUGUCCGCGGAGGCGGGGACCCUGGGAGCGGUGCCCUCCCUGAAAGACAACCUGGUGGUGGUUUCUGCACAUCACGCCUCCACGCUGCAGCAGCUGCAGAGUGGGGAGCGAGAAAUCAAAGAAGCUUUAUCUCGUCUCGAAGCCACCCGGGCGGCUCAGAACGUGGUGGAGGGACUGGAGGCCAGGCUGGCUGCUCUUAAAGAAGGCGUGGUGGACAUUCACACAACAGAGUGCGCAGUGGAGCGGGCACAGGGCCUGUGUCUGGACAUCGAGCAAACACAACAAGCCUCCGAUCCCGCCCAACUACAGAAAUGGAGUGAGCUCUCAUCCAGGGCCCGCGACGAGCACGGCACCCUGCAGUGCAUUCUGGGCAGCAUGAAGGACAAUCAGGUACGUUUGGAAAAAGUGGAAUCUUGGUUGGAUGAGGUCCAGGAGCUGUUGUCUCGGGACGCCACGGGUUUGGGAGACGCGCAGAAUCUGCAAGACGAGCUUAAUCAUUGCAAGGAGUAUGUGAAUAAGAUGGAGUUGGUGGAACGUUCAUUGAAGCAGAUGGAGGAAAACGUUUAUGCUGUGCAGGGGACUGCAGUCCCAGGACUGGCCAAGUGGGGGAAGGAUAAGUUAGAAGAACUUGAAGGAAGAUGGGAUAAACUCAGCAAACAGCUGCUGAGCUAUCAGGAGUCGGUGACAGAGAGUCAGGAGAAGCAGGAGAAUCUGAAGAAAGACCUGGCGGAGAUGCAGGAGUGGAUCGCCCAAGUUGACGAGGAGUUUCUCAUGAGAGACUUUGAGUACAAAAGUCCCGAGGAUUUGGAGGCGUCACUGGAGGAGAUGAAGCGAGCAAAAGAGGACGUGUUUCAGAAGGAGGUGAAGGUAAAGAUCCUGAAGGACAGCAUCAACCUGCUGGUGUCCCAGAAGCUGCACUCUGGUGGAGGCUUUGGGCAGGAGCUGACCUCGGAGCUGGACGACGUGCUAGCCAACUAUCACAAGCUUUGUGACCGCCUGAAGAGCAAAUGCCACACCCUGGAGGAGGUCUGGUCCUGUUGGAUGGAGCUGCUUCAGUACCUGGACUUGGAGCAGAGCUGGCUCAACACUGUGGAGGAGAAACUGCAAACCACUGAAAACCUGCCAGAGAACCCCGAGGUGGUUAAUGAGGCUCUGGAGUCUUUGGAGAGCGUGCUCCGCCACCCCGGGGACAACCGGACGCAAAUCCGAGAGCUGGGUCAGACUCUGAUAGACGGGGGCAUUCUUGACGAACUCAUUAGUGAAAAACUCGAGGCCUUCAACUCCCGCUACGAGCAGCUCAACCUUCAGGCAGCGAACCGACAGAUCAGCCUCGAGCAGCAGCUGCAGACGCUGAAGGAGAACGAGCAGGCGCUCCAAACGCUGCACGAGUCCCUGAGCCAGCUGGACCACACGCUCACCUCCUACCUCACGGAUCGCAUCGACGCCUUUCAGCUCCCCCUGGAGGCGCAGACUAUCGGUACAGAGAUUGCAGCCCACGAGGUGACAAUGGAGGAGAUGAAGAAAAGAAAUGUUACUUUACCGUCUUCCACCACUGAAGGAAAAGCAGCCCGUGGUGGGACCACGCUCGACCAGCUGCAGAGGAAACUGAGGGAGAUCUCAACAAAGUACCAGCUGUUCCAGAAGCCUGCGAACUUUGAGCAGCGCAUGCUGGACUGUAAGAAGGUCCUGGAGGGAGCCAAAGCUGAGCUGCACGUUCUGAAUGUAAAAGAUAUGGAGCCAGAGAAGAUCAAGUCCCAUCUCGCUGCUUGUAUGAAGUUGUAUAAGUUGCUGAGUGAGGUGAAGCUCGAGGUGGAAACAGUGAUCAAAACAGGACGUCAGAUUGUGCAGAAACAACAGACUGAUAACCCUAAAGCUAUGGAUGAACAGCUUACAGCCCUCAAACUGCUCUACAACGAUCUGGGGGCACAGGUCACGGAGGGCAAACAGGACCUGGAGAAAGCGCUGUCGUUGUCUCAGAAGUUCCAGAAGGAGAGCGCCGCCCUGCAGGACUGGCUGACCACGAGCGAGGCUCAGCUGCAGCAGAAAAACAGCAGUGGAGAAAUGACAGCMGACGUUGAUGCUGAGGUUGCGUGGGCCAAUGGCCUGCUGAAGGAGACGGAGCGACGGGAGGCGGAGCUGUCCAACCUGAUGGAGAUCAGCGCAGGUCUGCAGACGCUGGUGGAGGGCAGCGAGGCGCAGCUGGAGGGCAAACUCUGUGCCCUGAACGAAGCCUGGGGCCGCGUGCGCACCUGGACCGAAGACUGGCUCAGCACUGUUCUGACUCACCAGAACGAGGUGGAAAUUUUAGAUGAGAACCUGGCUCACAUCAGCACCUGGCUCUACCAGACUCAGAUCCACCUGGACGAGGCUGAGCGCCAGCCUCCAGCUGAACGAGAAAAGGUCUUAAAGAUGAUGACCAGUCUGGAGUUGGGAGACGUUGAGAUGAGUCAGCAGUCACCUCAGCUGGUCAGCCACAGUCAGGAGACCCGAGCACAAAGUCAAACUCACCCUGUUAAAGCUGCGUUCCCAGUAGAGAUAAAGGACCUUCAGGCAGAGCUGCAGAGCACUCUGAGAACUCUGCAGCAGCAGCAACCGGUGAACAUCCUGGACGAUGACAAGAUGGACGAGGAGAAAGCCGGCGUGGAGGAGCUGCUGCGACGGGGAGAAGAACUGCUGCAGCAGACUCCGGAUGAGGGUCAGAGUGAGGAGCUGAGAGCGAUGCUGCUCCGGCUGCAGAGCCAGUACUCGGCCCGCAGGGACCGGCUAAAAGUCAGGCAGGCUGCAGUCUCUGAGGAGUCUUCUCUCAGAUUCAGGGAGCAAACUGAGUUUUCAGUCCAGGAGAUGUCUGCACCCGGGCGGAGCGGCGCUCUGUCAGUGUCUCCCUCYGACUACCUGCUGGAUAUCAACAAAGUUCUGCUCUCCAUGGCCGACAACGAGCUGCUGCUGAACUCCUCGGAGCUCAGCGGGGGCCUUUAUGAAGACUUUUCCAGCCAGGAGGACACACUGAGGAGUAUCAAAGAGAGUCUGGAGCAUUUGGGCGAGCAGAUCACAGGGAUCCAUGAACGYCAGCCUGAAGCCAUCAGAGACGCUUCCCCUGCAGAGGUGGCCCAAAUGGGGGACGCCCUCACGCAGCUCAACGCAGAGUGGGACCGCCUGAAUCGCAUGUACAAUCAACGCAAAGGGAGUUGGAAGAAGGCCUCGCCAGUCAUCAGCCUGUUCUUGCUGGGCUGACUCGCACUGGAGAGCAGAUAAUUGGAAAGCUUUCAUCGCCUGACGGGUCCCUGCUUGAGGAGAAGUUAGAUACUCUGAGUCAGCGUUGGAGAGCUGUAAACCGCCAAGUCUUGGACCGGCAACGCAGGUUGGCUGGAGAGGAUCCUGCCCUGUUUGACCUGGUGAGGAGACGUGAGGAGCUGGCUGUGUGGCUGRAGCAGGCAGAAAACGCUGUCGGCUCGCUGCCCGUCUUUACCACAGAAAACAACCUCAGCGAGCUGACGGCCAUUGCUAACGAAAUGGAUGCGCAGAACGAACGGCUCGGUUGGCUGAACAAACACGCUCCGCAGAUCUUGGCCAGUCCUAGUGUGAGCCCCCAGAGCCGAGACCAGCAUGUGGGGAAACUGAGAACCAUCAACCUUAAAUGGAGCAAGGUAACUCAUGAGUUGCUGGACAAAGUUGGGGAGGUGGAGACCAACCUGCAAAGUCACGCUCUGUUCCAGGACAGGAUGAACAAGAUGACAGAUUGGGUCGUCGGCACAAACCAGACAAUCACGACUCGAGGCCUGAAUCCUGGCCAGGCACUGGAACUGGAGGCCUCUAUGAAAGACAGAAAGAAGGACCUGGAGGAUCUGUUGGCUCAUUCGAUUGAGCUGCAGAAACGACAGCAGCUGUUGCCUCAGGAAAAGGGGAAGGUGGAGCAGCUGGCUGCUGAUUGGAAAAUCCUGGACGGCCAACUGAGGGAAUCUCUUCAGGCUCCUGUCUCUCCGUGGACACAUCACCAACACGUUGUCCAACACCAGCAGCUCGUGUCAGCGGUGCCCUCCGCCGUUCAGAUGGUCAGCUUGGCGAGCGAAACCCCCCAUCACCGAACCCCRCACUCAGCCGACUCGGUGGCACCCACCGACCUGAACAAAACGGCCACCGAACUGAACGACUGGCUUCUCCUGAUCACGCAGAUGCUCAAGUCGAAUAUCGUCACUGUGGGGGACACGAAGGAGAUCAGGACCACUGUGGGACGUCUUCAGGUGACAAAGACCGACCUGGAGCAGCGUCAUCCUCAGCUCGAGGACAUUUUCACCUUGGCGCAGAACAUCAAAAACAAAACCUCUAAUCUUGACGUCCGCACAUCCAUCACUGAGAAACUGGAGAGAGUACGCAGCCAGUGGGACAGCACGCAGCACGGUGUUGAGGCUCGCCUUCAGCAGCUGGAUAACAUGAUUGUCCACAGCGACCAGUGGGAGGACAAGAGGAAGGAGGUGAAGGCCCUUAUUGCAAAUAACGAAGGACGUCUCCACAACCUUCUSCAGCGUCCCAGCGAUCCCCUGACAAAGCAGCUUGAAGACUGCAAGGAGGUCUUCCAAACUCUGGGUCGAGACCAGGUCGCAGUUACAGCCUUCAACGAGCUGUCCAAUCACCUUUUACGAGAAUACUCCUCAGACGACACCAGGAGGGUCAAAGAGGUCACAGAGAAACACAACGCUGCCUGGAACAGCAUCAGCAGCAGGGUGAGCGACCGGCGCGUCCAGCUGGAUGGUGAGCUGAAGGGAGUCCAGGUGUCUCUCAGGGAGCUGGAGUCUUUCCUCAGGUGGCUSCAGGAGGCCGAGACGACAGUCACUGUCCUGUCCGACGCCUCGCAAAAGGAGAGUCUGUCUCAGGACUCGGCCCACGUGAAGGAGCUGAGGCGACAACUGGAGGAUAUUCAGGCUGAGAUCGAUGCACACAAUGACAUCUACAAGAACGUGGAAGGGAACAAGUCGAAAAUGGUCAAAGCUCUGGGCAAUUCUGAGGAAGCUGUGCUCCUGCAGCACAGACUGGAUGACAUGAACCAACGCUGGAGCGACCUGAAAGCCAAAUCAGCCAACAUUCGAGCCCAUUUGGAGGCGAGUGCCGAGCGCUGGUCGCGCCUCCUGGGCCUCCUGGAGGAGCUGUGGCGGUGGAUCUGCAUGAAGGACGAGGAGCUGGCCAAGCAGAUGCCCAUCGGGGGAGACGUGCCCACUUUGCUGCAGCAGCAGAGCCACUGCACGGUACUGAACUCAGAACUGAAGGAGCGGGAGCAUUUGGUGAUCAGCACCUUGGACCAGGCCAGGACGUUCCUCGCUGACCAACCCAUUGAGGGUCCUGGAGAACCACGGAAGAACCUGCAGCCAAAGACUGGAGAUCUCAGCCCGGAGGAGAAGGCCCGAGCGUUGGCCCGAGCCAUCCGCAGACAGACGGGCGAGGUGAAGGAGCGGUGGGAGCGUCUGAGGGGCCACGUGGGCGGCUGGCAGAGUCAGGUGGAGCGAGCCUUGGAGCGCCUCCAGGACGUGCAGAGCUCAAUGGACCAGCUCGACCUGCAGCUGACUCGGGCGGAGGAAGUCACGGCUUCCUGGCAGCCGGUCGGUGAUCUGCUGAUCGACUCCCUCCAGGACCACAUCGAGAAAACAACAGCGUUCAGGGAGGAGAUCACUCCUCUUCGUCAGGAAGUUCGGGUCGUCGACGAGCUAGCUGCUGAGCUGACGCCGCUGGACAUCCAGCUGUCAUCUACUGCCUCCAGACAACUGGACCAACUCAACAUGAGAUGGAAGAACCUGCAGGUAGCAGUUGAGGACCGACUCAAACUUCUUCAGGAGGCGCACAGAGACUUCGGCCCCUCUUCCCAACAUUUCCUCUCCACAUCUGUACAGCUCCCCUGGCAACGUGCAGUUUCUCAGAAUAAGGUUCCCUAUUACAUCAAUCAUGAGACGCAGACGACCUGUUGGGAUCAUCCAAAGAUGACGGAGCUCUACCAGUCAUUAGUGGACCUCAAUAACGUGAGAUUGUCUGCAUAUCGCACGGCCAUGAAGAUUCGCAGACUGCAAAAGGCACUGUGCUUGGACCUGCUGGAUCUGAGUGUUGCCCAGAGCACCUUYGAGCAGCACAAACUCACCAACAACAGCCACCUCCUCUCCGUCCCCGACGUCAUCAACUGCCUGACGUCCAUCUACGAUGGUCUGGAACAGGAGCACAAAGACCUGGUCAACGUCCCGCUCUGCGUCGACAUGUGUCUCAACUGGUUGCUCAACGUUUACGACACCGGCCGCAGCGGGAAGAUCCGCGUCCUGUCCAUGAAGAUCGGCUUGCUCUCGCUCUCCAAGGGCCACUUAGAAGAAAAGUACAAAUAUCUCUUCAGACAGGUGGCAUCAGCAGGUGACACCUGUAACCAGAGGCAGCUCGGUCUGCUGCUCCACGAAGCCAUCCAGAUCCCGAGGCAGCUGGGGGAGGUGGCGUCGUUCGGAGGGUCCAACAUCGAGCCCAGCGUUCGCAGCUGCUUCCAGCACGUGAACAAUAARGUGGAGAUAGAGCCUCGGCAGUUUGUCGACUGGAUGCAUCUGGAACCUCAGUCCAUGGUUUGGCUUCCUGUCCUGCACAGAGUGGCUGCUGCAGAGACGGCGAAACAUCAGGCCAAGUGCAACAUCUGCAAGGAGUGUCCGAUAGUGGGUUUCAGGUAUCGCAGUCUGAAGCAUUUCAACUAUGACGUUUGUCAGAGCUGCUUCUUUUCUCGGCGCACUGCCAAGGGCCACAAAUUCAACUACCCCAUAGUGGAGUACUGCACACCGACGACAUCAGGUGAAGAYGUGAGAGAUUUCACCAAAGUGCUGAAGAACAAAUUCAGGUCGAAGAAGUAUUUCGCCAAACACCAACGACUUGGCUACCUGCCUGUUCAGACUGUUUUAGAGGGUGACAACAUGGAAACCCCCGUCACCCUCAUCAGCAUGUGUCCGGAGGAGUACGAGCUGGCCCAGACACCUCAGACCUCUCAUGAUGACACGCACUCCAGGAUAGAGCAGUACGCCAGCAGGUUGGCUCAGAUGGAACGAUCCAACGGCUCUCUGCCCACCGACAGCAGCUCAGCCACAGGAAGCAUGGAUGACGAGCACGCCCUGAUUAUUCAGUACUGCCAGACGCUGGGAGGGGAGAGCUCGCCGUGCAGCCAGCCCCAGAGUCCUGCUCAGAUCCUKCAGGCCGUGGAGAGGGAGGAGCGGGGCGAGCUGGAGCGGAUCAUUGCUCGUCUCGAGGAGGAGCAGAGGACGCUGCAGAGGGAGUAUGAGCAACUGAAGGAGCAGCAUGGCCAACGAGGAGUCCCUGCUGGAAGCCCGUGGGAGUCGGAGAGCCCCUCCGCUCACCCCAACGAGGCCGAUCUGCUAGCUGAAGCCAAGCUGCUGCGGCAACACAAAGGCCGACUGGAGGCCCGCAUGCACAUCCUGGAGGAACACAACAAGCAGCUGGAGUCUCAGCUCCACCGCCUUCGACAGCUUCUGCACCAGCCGGAGGUGGACUCCAGGCUGAACGGAGCGUCUUCUCCCACGGUACAAGAUCGAGGACCGCUUAAUGAAAGCUCAGAUGAGCUGCUGGACCCUCACAACAGCAGCUCUGACCUGGCAGAUGUAAUGGAGCAGAUUAACAACUCCUUCCCUGCAUGCAGUCCCUCGAGCCUCUCGUCCAGACCACAGGUGAUGUAAGGACCAGUAUCAGCUGACGGGGUGUGUGUGUGUUAGCACACAUAAAUGCACGACCAUUCCCAAACUGAAAGGAAAAAAAAAUCUGCCCCGAAAUCCCAAAGACGCACACGAAUAAACAACCGAACAGAUUUUCCCACCUUGUCUUGUACUAUGCAACUGUAGAGUGUUCCUGAACUCCAUUGAACGUUUGUCUUUAUUUUUUUUUUCCCUUUUACAUUUAAAUGUACAGUUAAAAAUAUUCUUUCAAAUGAAUGAUUUGGGAUUUGGGAUCAACGUUUGACUUCUGCCUUCAAAAGAAAAUCAAACUGUUACAAUUUUUGUCAUUCCACGGCUGUCGAUCAUGUUAUUAUUUUUUUUGUUGUUGUUCCUCGUUAAAUUUCCGAGCGUUUAGAGAGUCCACGCAGUUGGUAGAAAAACAAAGAAAAAAAAGAUAAUUUAGAGAUUGUACAGUCACUUUUGAAAUCUGUCCUGCAGCAUGCUUGAUGUCAAAUUCCCCUUUAAAAGCAUCAAUGUGCCGACAGACUUUCUCUUCUGUAAAAUUUCACCCCUUCUGUGCCUAAAACCUUCAUUCCUACAGUAGACGUCAGCAGAUGAAUUAUAUUGGGGUUGUGUAUAAAGACGAUAUAGAUUUAAAAUGGAAUUUGUCCUAAACCUUGCUUUGUACGAGGCCCAUUAUUCUUAUGUAGAAAAGGUUUGUUUGUUUUAGAGGUAUAUGUUGAGAAAUCAGAGUAAAGCCAUGAUUGCCUUGCUACCUCAGACUCAUAGACACAGUUUUGUUUUAAUGGUUGUGAUCAUUAACAGACAGCCUGGGUUAGUGUUUGAAGCUUACUGUAUUUGUGUACACUGCAAGGAGUUACCAAGUGAAAAAAACUAUAUAUAACUGUACCAGAGGGGGUCUGCUGAAGCUAUUCUCYGAAAGUCACUUCAUUUGUUUUUAUUUUAUUUUAUUUUUGCCACUGGCCUUUCGAGCACUGGUCCCUCACUGCGUCAUGUCGUUGUGCUUUUUAUGCUGUCCUGUAAAACUUGUGAGACUGAACAACACUACUAUAACCUCCUCCAGCUGUAGAGGACUGAAAAUGUUGAUGGUUUUAACGGUUCCACUCGUGGCGACCCUUUAGCCAUGGCAGAACUGUGUCGCUUCUCCUGAGGUAUGUAAAAUAGAUUGACCACACUACAUGUAAUAUGGCUWCGAUGUUUUCUUCGAAAUAAAAAAAAGUUUUUCUAACAAAA